ACUGUAGUUGUGUAUUGCAUAUUCAGUCUUGGUUUGCAUUCCAAACGAACAACGAGGCUGGCGAAAUCUUGGCAUUGCCGAAAACUCCGCAAGACAACACAGUUCAAGAUAUCGCAUACCCGCGCAAUAUAUCAUGCUGGACGUAGGUGCGCACGAUGGCUGCCUUGUACAAACGCUAUGUUCCGCCGAAGCCUUCUGUGCCGACUGCGGCUUCAACAGCUUCGGUCAAGGAUCCUACAAAGACAGCGCCGGUGCAGAAAGAUGUACCUUUGUCUGUUCAGCCAGAGAAGAAGCGUAAGCGCGAGAGAUCAGAGCAAGAGACUACUGAACGCAAGGCGAAGAAGCUGCGGAAGAAGGGGAUCGAAGCACCUGUAGAGUCCGUGUUGCAGACACAAAAGGCUGAGAAGGCCGCAAAGCCUGUGAAUUCUGCUCCGCCACCGCAGCAGAAUGGGCCAGAACCACUGAGUGCUCCGGAAGCUGUAGACUCGCAUGCUGGUACCGACUUCGCCAGCAUCAAACAAGGGCAGAAACGGCAUCGUUUAGAGAAGGAAGCUCGUAAAGCACGUAUCAAAGCGGAGAAGGCAGCCAAGGGUGCCGGUCACGUAGCGGAAAAAGCUGAGGCUGUUCCUGGCGCGGCAGAUGCAGAGGUGGUUGCGGCCGUGAACGGUGCUCGUGGUCAUACUGGGCGGCGCAGCGAUGGUGCGCAGCAGCUGGACGUCGUGGAGUCGGAGUCUGCGAAUUCUGCAAAUUCUAGAAAGCGGCGGCGGGAGGAUAUCGAGCGCGACACCAACGACUUCCAGCUGCAAGACAGUACUGGAGAUGAUCUGGCUGGACGAUCGCUUGGUAAACCAACCAACUCGAUCCCUCCAAUCGAGCAGCUCGCAGAUAAACAGUCUCAGCUCGUACAUGAUGUAGACGAGCCUAUGCGAGCUACCACCACUGAUCCACGUUCAGCAAUGCUAAAGAAGCGACGGCAUAAACUGGAAGCUGUGUUGGAGCAAUCAUCCGAUGAUCCUGCCAUUGAGAGCGAGCAAACGCUGAAACACAAGGCUGUGCUCAACAAAUUUCAAAAGGCUACGAAGCAUGACCCGCACGAAGGUCCUCAAACAAAGGACACGGUAGAGCAGCGAAGUAACGAUAAUGUCAUACUCCGAGACUUAGUCCCUCUUCCGCAACCAGAGAAGGCGCCAACACCCGACUUCAAGCCAGGCUUCUCGGCUCUACCACCCUGGCUUGCCAAUCCGACAUUCAUCCCCAGCAACAGUAUGAGGAGCUUCUUCGAGACGGGCUUGGAAGAACCGACAGUGACGCACCUAGCCGGCCUCGGCUUCCAGAGUGCCCUACCCGUACAGCACGCCUUGAUACCACUCUUGCUUCCUCCUGGCAUGCCUGGAGCAAGAUUUCGCCCAGGCACUCAGCCAGUAUUACCAGAUCUUGCUGUGAGUGCUGCAACUGGAAGUGGCAAAACCAUUGCUUAUCUGCUACCGAUUAUGGCAGCACUGAAGCGACGACCGGUAGCUGGAAAGCUUCGUGCGCUGGUCGUUGUACCAACACGUGAAUUGGUUGCUCAAGUGGCUGAUGUUGCUGCAAGUUUGGCAAGCGCUGAACAUCUCGGUGGGUUAGCAGUCGGUACGGCUACAGGCGCGGGAAAGUUGAAGGGUGAGCAGGAGAGGCUUGUGCGGCAGUCCCAAAGGUACGACCCGGAAGCUUAUGCUGAGGCAAUGAAGAUGGCUCAGAAGCGCAACUACCCGCCCAGUCAGGAAGACGAUGGUUUCGAUGACUACAUCAACGCAGCGGAACGCGAAGAUUCACGAGACGUGCAACGGAUGAACGAUGCAAUUUCAGCUCGCAUCGAUCACGUGCCCGUCUACGGUUCUGCCGUAGAUGUACUUAUCUGUACACCGGGCCGACUUCUUGAGCAUAUGAGCAGCACACUCGGCUUCACCCUUGCUCAUCUUGAGUGGCUAGUGCUGGAUGAGGCAGACAAGCUUCUAGAUACGCAGUAUCAUGGCUUUCUUGAGCGUGUCAAUGACGAGAUUCUCCGACCGCGAAGUGCGGAGGAGCAGGACGCUCGGGAAACGUACCUUCGCUCGAGAUCGCUGUGGGAUGAGCAACGCGAGCGGCGGGUGAGAAAGGUACUACUUUCUGCGACAAUGACGCGGGACAUCUCCAAGCUCAUAGCGCUCAAGCUGCACAGGCCGCAGCUGCUUGUGGUCAGUGGUCAGGCUGGAGACGUUCAGGCUACAGCGACUGCCGAUGCCUCAACCAACGAUCAAGAUGUACGUGGGACGGGUGACCACUUUGAACUACCGCCCACCUUGACCGAGUUCUGCAUACCUGUUGGUGAUGGUAGUGAAAAGCCACUGUUUCUUGUGAAGCUGUUAGAGCAGAGGAUUUUGCCAAAUAGCGGCCUGCACGAUGCUUCCACGAAGUAUGUGCCUGAGCCUGAAGAUGCGGAAGACAGUGUCGAUUCUUCCGACGACGAUUCGAGUGUUGUGUCUGACUCAAGCUCGAGCGUCAGCAGCACGUCAGAGGGGAGCGAAAGCGGCAGCGACCAAGAUAUGAAUGCCCCCGGUAGCUCCGAUGAGCAGGGCGAAGCGGACGCUACCAUUCAGCUGGCUUCCAUGCAUCCGGCAAGAGCAGCGUUGCUUGGUAACAAGCCUGGCACUUCUCUCGACCGCGAUAGCAUUCCGACGGUCCUCGUUUUUGCCUCCAGUAACGAGUCCGCGCAUAGGCUCUCGCACCUUCUACGCAAGCUUCAACCUGCGUGGUCCUCUUUGAUCACCACGCUUACCAGGACUCAAUCCACCAAGCGUAAGUCCUCCAAUACACUGAACGACAAACCCAGCAUAACCAUCGCCACUGACCGUGCCGCUCGUGGGCUUGAUCAUCUUGCCCAGCGCAACAUCACGCAUGUCAUACAGUACGACGUUCCGCGGUCUGUGGAAAGCUACGUUCAUCGCGUGGGCCGUACGGCAAGGGCUGGCCGGCUGGGCGAGGCAUGGACGCUGUAUACGCAUACCGAGGCUCGUUGGUUUUUGCAUGAAGUCGCACGGGCAACGCCAAUACGGAGAGCACAGGCGGUGGAGAAGGUGAAGCUUGAUGAGUUCGAGAAGGAACUCAGCCUGAGGUAUCGGGAGGUGCUCGAGGCUAUGCGACAGGAGGUAUUUGCAGGAUCCAGGAAGUAGACUUGCUAGCUCCUUCACCAUAUCUACAACUGCGUGCAGCUUGUACACUACCAUCACGCCAUGCUUUAUGCUUGGGAACCAUGCGACUCACUGCUACAUCUCCUCCUCGUCC